AUGGCCGAACCUGUCAUGAAAGCCAACAAAUCCCUCAUAGAUGCCUCUUCCCCAUAUUACCCGCACACAUCUGACCAACCAAACCAACACCUCAUUGAUGCUCUUCUAAAUGGAGACAAUUACCCUGCCUGGCGUCGAUCAAUAACACGCGCCUUGAAUGCAAAAAAUAAACUAGGAUUUGUCCUUGGCACCAUCAAACGCCCAACCACGGACAUAGCUGCCGCACUCCUUUUGGACCGAUGUUGCAACAUGAUAAUGUCAUGGUUACUUCAUUCCAUUGAUCGAUCUCUCAUCGGAAGUCUCCUUUAUUGUGAAACACCCAAUGACCUAUGGGUUGAACUGAAGACCAGAUUUCAACAAAGCAACCAAACGAAAAUUUUUAGCCUCAUACGUGAUCUCGCCAGUCUUCGCCAAAAACACCAAUCAAUCACUAACUACUAUGGAAAACUGAAAGAGCUAUGA